GUCUAAUCAAAGAAGAAAGAUGCAGAGUACUUCGAAUUACCUCUGGCUGUUGUCUGACAUUCUAGGACAGGGAGCUACUGCAAAUGUUUUCCGGGGGCGACAGAAGAAAACUGGGGAUUUAUAUGCUGUCAAAGUGUUUAACAGCAUAAGUUUCCUGCGUCCUGUGGAUGUUCAGAUGCGAGAGUUUGAAGUAUUGAAGAAACUGAAUCAUAAGAACAUUGUCAAAUUGUUUGCCAUCGAAGAAGAGACAACAACAAGACACAAAGUACUAGUUAUGGAAUUUUGUCCAUGCGGGAGUUUGUACACAGUUCUAGAGGAGCCAUCUAAUGCCUUUGGUUUGCCAGAGUCUGAGUUCUUAAUUGUUUUGAGAGAUGUGGUGGCUGGGAUGAACCAUCUCCGGGAGAAUGGAAUAGUGCAUCGUGACAUCAAACCAGGCAAUAUAAUGCGUGUGAUAGGCGAAGACGGUCAGUCUGUGUACAAACUUACAGACUUUGGUGCUGCAAGAGAACUUGAAGAUGAUGAACAAUUUGUUUCUCUCUAUGGCACAGAGGAGUAUUUACAUCCUGAUAUGUAUGAACGAGCAGUUUUGAGAAAAGAGCAUCAGAAGAAGUACGGAGCAACAGUUGACUUGUGGAGCAUAGGGGUGACCUUUUACCAUGCUGCAACAGGGAAUUUGCCUUUCCGACCUUUUGAAGGACCGCGUAGGAACAAGGAAGUGAUGUAUAAAAUAAUCACUGGAAAGCCUUCUGGUGCUAUUUCUGGAGUACAGAAAGCAGAAAAUGGACCAAUUGAGUGGAGCUGGGAGAUGCCUGUUUCUUGUAGUCUUUCAAAGGGUCUGCAAGUCCUGCUCACACCUGUCCUUGCGAAUAUUCUUGAAGCAGACCAGGAAAAAUGCUGGGGAUUUGACCAGUUUUUUGCAGAGACGAGUGACAUCCUGCACCGAAUAAUAAUCCAUAUAUUUUCAUUACAGCAGAUGACCUUGCACAAAGUUUAUAUUCACAACUGUAAUACAGCUGCUAUAUUUCAUGAGUUGGUCUACAAACAGACAAAAAUACCAUCUCAGAGUCAAGAACUGAUAUAUGAAGGUCGGCGUUUAAUACUGGAGCCUGGCAAGUUGGCACAGCAGUUUCCCAGAACAACUGAGGAGAAUCCUAUCUUUGUAGUAAGCAGGGAGGCUGUGAACAUUGUUGGAUUAGUCUAUGAAGAAG